GGUUACAUCAUGUCUCUUUACCUUGUGAUAGGAAACUUUUACUCCCACCAGUGUAACGUAACUAAAUACAUGUACGCAAGUACUGCACUUCUCAUAUUUGAGGGGCUUUACUGGAGGAGCUCCAUUCGCUGGUAGGCAGCUUAACUCCACUACAUUCCAAAGGGAAGUACAGGACAUGAACAUUAAUUUUAUAUUUACCAAUACAACCCAGCAGCAUGAAGUAGGGAUGUUAAUGAUUAAUGAGUAAUCGAUUAAUCGCCCCUAAGUAUUUUUAACCGAUUAAAAAUAUAUCAGACAACAAUCAGUGAUGGGCACAAAUUCUUCAGAAAGUCUCAUGUUUUUUUCUUAUCAAAUUUAUCAAAAUAAAACACAAAAUACUAGAAUGAAGUAGUGCAUGUCGUUGAAAUACACUGAAAUGCCAUUUAAAAUUACAUAAAUGAAGUCAUUAUCGUAUGCUGUGUUUGUGUUUUAUGUAGCUUGUCAUUCUAAGUAACUUGGAGUUUACUUAAUUUGUUAUUUUAACUCCUGGUGCAGCCUUCUCUGAUUCUGAUAUUUCAUCAAAUGUAGACCAUGUCAGUGGUUCAAACAUAUCCUUAAUGAUUAAUCGAUUAACUCAUUGCUAAGGCAGCUGAUCAUCAAGUAUGAAAAAAAGGUGGGGAAAAAAAGUUAUAUCUCUGGUAUGAACAGAUGAAACGAUUAGUCCAACAAGAACACAACCUGACCCCUGACACAUUAAGUGAUAUGACUGAAUAAGAUAUUUUUAAGUGUUUUUUAAACCCCAGAUUAUGUCUAGUAUGUGUUGCAUCAUUGUGCAGCCUCAGACAUCUAGCAGUUAUCACCCUUUGCCACUAGAUGGCGGUAUAUAAAUGGGAGAAGUGCCUUUCGGUUUUCAGUGGGAUCAUGUGUCUUCGGUUCACAGCCACUUGGAUGUUGCUGUUACUGUGGGUGUUAAUCAGAUCCACUUGUGUUUGCUGGUUUUGGAUAAUGUUGAGGUAGAAAACAGUUUCUAACAGAUACAAAGCUAUUGAGAUCAUCAGAUCAUCAGCGACUGAUCAGAAGCAUUGAUUGGAGCUCUGUUUUCAAGACUAAAUCAUCACACUGAGAUGACUGCAGUUCACAUAUAUCCUUUAGGGUGCACAGUUAGACAAACUUUGUUUGUAUCCUGUCUAUAAAGAGAGUAAAGGGCCGGUCACAUCACCGUCACACCAAGGUACACAAUGCCUAGUGCAGUGUAAGCAGUUGGGCGAGCAGAGAGCCAGAGCUGUGCUGUGUGGAAAAUGCUAGUGGAGGCAGACAAUGCACUGGUCCGAGGCCUGACCAGCCCUCAGAGGGACAGGGGUCGCCUCACUGCGACAACAGCCCCCGUCUCCCUCCCUACUUUUUCUUUUUUUGAGCUACCACAGCAUGGGCUCGGGGAGGACGCUGAAGUUUGCCCUGUGCGAGGUGCUGCAGUUUGCAGGCCUGUGUGUGCCACUUUUCAUCGUCAUGCAGAGGUUCGCCAUCAUCGUAGCAAAGGUCAAAGCCUCGGCGCAGCCCCCUGGCGACGGCACCACGGCUUACUGGUUGAUCGUGGCCUCCUCCAUCGCCUAUGUCACCUCUACUGCCCUGCUGGUCUGGGUGCCCUUGAAGUACAUGGUCUUCAUGAAGAAGAAGUUCCUCAUUGGGAGGAAGAAGUGGAGGCCUGUGGCCCUCGUAUAUGUGAUCCUGUCCACACUACCCUGCUUUGCCUUUCUCAUCGCCAGCUCUGAGGUUCAGAUAAAUAACAACAUGAAAAGUGACACGUUCACGGAGCUCCCCGUAUCACUAGUCCUCUUCUCUCUCAUCUGUAUUGACGUUGUGGAGAGGAUACGCCACUGUAGACUGACCGGCCAGGCCAAUGACUUGGAGAGAGAUGCUGACAUCCCCUCCACUGUCCUCACACAUGUGGAACAGGUAACACCAGUAGCUCCCAUCACUCCAGCUGCGCCGGGGCCAGCUGUGCCCGGGCAAGCAGGGCCAACUCCUACGCAACCAGGAGCGAACCAGCUCAAUGACAGGAACCAGAACGGAGCAGGGGCUCGGCCGGAGACCAACGGGACAGUCCCUGGGAUACCGGCGAAUCCCGGGAGACCGUUUAGUAUCUCUGGAUUAAGCUCACGAUCAGCAAGCACCACAGCGUACCGCAUACCUCCGUACGCCUACACGGGUCCGCUGAGGUUCCUGUGUGCCAGCGAUGCCCGAGCGGAUGUAUUUGUGGACAGCUUUAUGUUCUGGAUGGACACAGUGGAGAUGGUGAGGGUGGCAGGACACCCCCUGGUCUACUACUCAGGCUGGGUGUUCCCCAUCUAUAUCUUCAGCUACCUGUCUUGCCUGCGUGUGGUGGUCAUGCCCCACAGCCCCCUGCUUUCCUCACUAGGAGUGGCCGUACAGGACUUACCCUUCUUCUUCGUGCGCGUCGGCCUCAUUGCCUUCUUCGGCUUUGUCACGCCGCUCCUCUAUCUGAUGAAGAACCUGUUGGUCUGCCUGGCCUUCGUCUACUUCAACUUUAUGACCAAGCUGAGGGUCUUCAACACAGAGAGGAUGUUCUUUUGAGACCAACACUUCAAGCAAAGACAGUGAAACACCACGACAUCUUGUAGUAGUCGGCACAAUCAGGAAGUGUAGGAUGCUAGGAUUCAGGAUGUGGUUGCACCAGCUCUUCGCAAAGUUAGUUAGCGUAUAACUUGAGAUUUUAUAAAGCAGAGAAUCACUAAAUAAAACAGGUUGGACAACACAAUACUUUAGCUUCCAUAAAUAUGUUUAACCAGUGCAAAGAUUAUAACUGUUAUGUGGGUUCACAACUGAACUAGCUAACUAACGUUAGCUUUUACAUGAGACACGAUAAAAGGUUGUUUGAAGAAGAUUUUAAAAAAACAACAGAAUAACACGAAGUGGUAAAUGUUAGUGGUAAAUAGUCAUGAAUUUAAAACCGGUAACUUACGCAGAGAAACUUUGGAGAGUUUAGACCUGUUAGGCACUGUUAGCUAACUGAACUCGCUAACUGGCAUAACUUGCGUAAGCUUGCUAACGCUGCAGCCGCAACAUUUAGGUUACCAUGAUCUUAAACGCCCUACUUAUUCCAAAAAUGCAUGAAUACUACUAUUUUACUUAUCGUUUGGCCCCAUAAAAACAAAAAACCCCAAAAUGAUUUUUACUACUUCUACCACAAACUAAGACAUUCCUUAAGUUCUAAUGGUCCAACUCAGUUUAGUAAAUUACUAACUAGCCAAAAACAUUCAAAGAAAUCCAAACGUAAACUUUAGCAAAUGGGCUAAAGAAAAGCUGGUACAACCAAACCAAAGUACGAAUUUGGGUAUGUGACACAGAAGAUUUAUUUUUUAUUAAAAUGCAUCAUGGUACUUUUCACAGGCCAAAAGGGAGCUCUUAGGCAAUGUUUUCCCAAUGUGUCAAAUAACUGUUGUGUUGUAAAUUAUAUACCUUCACGUACAAGUAAACUUUUUUUUUUUUUUACCCCUCAAUACCCCUCCCCCUCACCAAGCAUGGCACUUUGGGAAUGUACCUGUAAUGUCACUUGAGAUUUUUUGGAAGACUUUUUUUCUACCAUCAUAAAGUGCGGUGAAUAUGUAAAAGCAUAAAUCCAUGUUGUUUAUAUUAGGUUUUUCUUUGCCAAGUUAUUUUCACAGAAGAAAAACAAAGUGUGAGUUUGUAUCACUGAUACAUAUAUUUUGGUAAGAUUAAUAAAGAAAAUCAUUAAAAUAUAUGUUUAAAGUGUCACUAGUAUGAUUCAUGUAUGCAGAAUAUACUGACAUGAACU